AUGGUCAGAGAUUGUAUCGAUCACGCUAAGAGGUGCCACGAAUGUCAAAUCUACGGUGAUGUUAUACAUCAGCCUCCGAAUACACUACACUCAACAUUAGCGUCCUGGCCAUUUGAAUGCUGGGGCACUGAUAUUUUCGGUCCAAUAGAUCCGCCAUCAUCACCGGGACACCGUUUCAUUCUGGCAGCAACAGAUUACUUUUCCAAAUUGACAGAAGUAGCUCCGUUCAGAGAGGUCACAUCAGAGCAAGUGAUCUAUUUUUUUACCCACAAUGUCGUCUACAGAUUUGGUGUGCCACGCCGUAUAAUCUUAGACAACGGUACUGCAUUUAAAAGUACGAAAAUCUACAAGUUCGUUGAUCGGCAUAAAAUCGAUUGGCGAUAUUCAUACAUAUACAAUCCAAGGGCGAAUGGGUUGGCAGAAGCCUUCAACAAGACGUUG